UCCAGAGGAACUCGGCCUCUCUCUGCUCUCCCUGCAUGGCUGCAUCUCCAACCAGAUCGAAGAGAUCUGAGUUUAUUGGUUUCUGGGUUUUUGUUCUUGGGCUUGGGGGUGCGACAAGGAAAGGAAGAGGAACGGCAGAGCUGAGGAUCGGCGGACUGGAGAUCCGUGGUUGUGGGGGCGAGUAGAGGAGAGGAAGGGCGGAGUGGCUGGGUCGGGGGACGGGAGACGGCAGCGGAAGGAAUGAUUUUGGAGGGUGGAGGAGAAGCAGAGUCGAAGGGAAGCGACGGUUUUGGGAGGGUGGAGGGGAGGCAG